UGGAGCUCCCUCCUCCAGCUCUCCCUCCCGGCUGCUCCCUCCCAUCCUCAUCCCCCCCCGGCAGCCGGGAGAGCUGUGGGAAGCCAGCGAGCACUUCAGGCCAUGCAUCUCCACUGGCAAUAAUCAUCGGGGCUUGCAAGAAGUGCUGUGUGCUGGCUCCUGCAGGGUUUGGUUUUUUUAAUUUUUCUAUUUCCCCUCCCUCCCUCCCUCCCUCCCUCCCUCCCUCCCUCCCUCCUCCUCCAGCCCGCCCUCAUCCCUCUCUUCUGCCAGGCGUGCCGGCGUUCUUCUUCAUUUCUGGGAAACCAUGGACAAGAAGCAAGAUUCCAAAGGAUCCUUGGAGCCACACAAACCGGUGAAAAGCAAGAAGAAACGGGAGCUGAGGAUAACAUGUGUCCCCAUCAAACAGCCCGUGGCCAACACCACGCCCCCGAGGAACUUGGACUCCAGAACGUUCAUUACCAUUGGAGACAAAAACUUCGAGGUGGAAGCUGAUGACCUGGUGACAAUUUCAGAGCUGGGCCGGGGGGCGUACGGGGUGGUGGAGAAAGUCCGGCACGCACAGAGCGGGACCAUCAUGGCUGUGAAGAGGAUCCGAGCAACUGUGAACACUCAGGAGCAGAAGAGGUUAUUGAUGGAUUUGGACAUCUCCAUGAGGACAGUUGACUGCUUCUACACUGUCACUUUCUAUGGAGCCCUGUUCCGUGAGGGUGAUGUGUGGAUCUGCAUGGAGCUCAUGGACACCUCCCUAGAUAAAUUCUACAAGAAAGUACUGGAGAAGAAGAAAACCAUCCCUGAAGACAUUUUGGGGAAAAUGGCCGUGUCUAUUGUACGAGCUCUGGAGCAUCUGCACAGUAAACUCUCUGUAAUCCACAGAGAUGUGAAGCCUUCCAAUGUGCUGAUCAACAAGGAGGGGCACGUGAAAAUGUGUGAUUUUGGCAUCAGUGGCUACUUGGUGGACUCUGUGGCGAAGACCAUGGAUGCUGGGUGCAAACCAUACAUGGCUCCAGAAAGAAUAAACCCAGAGCUGAACCAGAAGGGCUACAACGUGAAGUCAGAUGUCUGGAGCCUGGGGAUCACAAUGAUUGAACUGGCCAUCCUUCGUUUCCCAUAUGAGUCCUGGGGGACCCCGUUCCAGCAGCUCAAACAAGUGGUGGAGGAGCCUUCACCCCAGCUGCCCCCCGAGCGCUUCUCCAAGGAGUUCGUGGACUUCACGGCGCAGUGCUUAAGGAAAAACCCUGCUGAGCGAAUGAACUAUUUAGAACUCAUGGAACACCCUUUCUUUACCUUGCAUGACACCAAAGAGACUGACAUGGCCUCCUUUGUGACAGAGAUCCUGGGGGAAGACUCCUAACUCCAACCUCAGGGCUUUGUGCAGUCUCCUCCAUCCUGGCUUCCCCGCAGCAGAGUGAACCAGGACUCAGUUGAUGGUGGUUUGCACAAGUGGCACUUCCCCAACCCAUGGCCACCUCUGGCCCUGCAAUCUCUUUCCUCUUUACCCUGUAAACCAAACCCCUCAGGAUCAGCCUUUUGAAACCAACACCUUUCCAACCAAGCCACGGACACGGAAGGCUCAGGAAUUCCCUGCUGAUGGCAGCAUCUCCCUCCUGGGGAGAGGACCAUGCCCAUGGUGCCAGGGCCAGGGCAGAGGCUCCUAGGAAGCAACUUCCCAUCCUCAGCAGCCUGGGGCACAGCAUGCAGGGGUUUGGGUAUCUUUGGGGAAGGCAGAGAGAAAAAAAGUGCUGCUGUGCAACACUCCCUGCCCUGCCAGCCCAAAGCCCCUCCCCAGAGCUUGUUCUGGCUCUCCUGCCCUUUGUGCCCAGCUCUCUUCCCCCUACUCAGCUUUUCAGGGGGUUUUGGGGCUUCCCUGGGCCCCCCAGAGGCUGUUUUACUGAUGCUUCAAGGCAGCACCAGCCCAUCCCCCCAUUGAUGUGCUGUUCCCCCGGGGGAUGGAAAAAACAUUUUCCAAGGAUCCCACCUUGACCCAAGCUGUGCCCCAGGCCUGCCCACGGGACUUCAGUGCACAGGGCUCCCUCCCCAUGGCAGGCACAAGGUGACAUGGAGGGUGGGACAAACAGGUCACUGGGUGCUGUCUCUCCUCCCCUCCAGCCCUGGGCAGGGAGGAUGCAUCCUGUCUCUGAGCAUCCAGCACCUUUCACAGCCCCUGCCUCCAGGAGAUGAUGAUCCAGCUGCUCCAUCGCCCUUCCAGCUGCUCCAUCACCCUUCUGGGUUCCAUCACCCUUAAGCUGGGGCUCACGUAAGACCUCACACUGUGACACCCACUCAUUUUGGAGCCCAUACUUGGACCCUUCAUGUCCCAAACUGCUUUGGACUCCUCCAGCAGCCCACCAAGGUGUCAGCCAGGAUGCAAACCCCGAGGACCUGCACAGGGGCCUUCAACAAUUGUACAUUUUACAUCUAUAUAUAAUGGACUUUGUAACCUGUCUCCUGGUUUUAUUCUAACUUGCUCUUAGUGAAAGCCCUCCUGUGGGGAGGAAUCCUUCCCCACUAACAAAUCCACUGUGAAAAUCUGAUGGGUGUCCCUGCUCUCCCAACCUGAGCACUUUGCACAGAGCUAUGGGGGCAGGCAGGGGUUCUGUCUUCUACUGUACAUGGUAAACUCACCAGCUGUGGAUUUUGUUGGGUUGGUUGUUUUUUUUUUUAAUAGAUUUGAGUUUUCAGAGGGAUUUUUUUGUUUUUUGUUCUUUUCUAAUAUAUAUUUGUGAGCGUGUGGAUGUGUGUGCACUAUAUAUAUAUAUAUAUUAUAUUUUUAAAUCAAUGAUGAGUGUGUGAAUGUCUCUGUGGCCAGCAGAUCUGAAAUGCCAUCUGAAAUGGCAAACAUUUUUCUGGCUAAAUUUGGGGUGGUGGGGAAGGGAUCAUUAGAAGGCACCCUGGCCUAAGACUUUUUCUUUAAAAAAACCCAAGAAAUUGCAUCUUUUUUAACUGAAUCAUUUAAAAACUUUUUUUUUCCAGCCCCCUUAAAUCCACACCCUGGAGGUCUGGAUUUCAGGACACAUUUCCAGCAUUCAGGGUCCCCCACUCACUGAGGAAGGAAUCCCCCUAAAUUCACUGCUCCCCACUCCUGGGGUUCACAGCAGCACUGAGGACUCUCCCUGGGAACAGGGCUGCUCCAGGGCUGCUCCACAUUCUGUUCCUGGGAGCUUUUCCUGGGGGAAGCUGCUCCAGGGCAAGUGGUUUUCAGUCCUGCAGCAGCACUUCCCCUCCCAUCACCACCCCAGUCCCUGUCCCUGAGUCAAUAAACCCAGAGAGAACCAGUCCAGGUGGAGCUCAGCAAACCCUGCUCAGCUCUGGGUUGACUUUGAGCCCCCCACACCCCAUUUUCAUAUAAAAUAAGACAGUGAUUGAUGUUCUUCCUUUCUCCCUCCUCAGUCCUGCCUUGCAAACCACCCCAAGCUCUCCAGGACCACCUCUGCUAUUUGGGUUGCCACUUUUGCAUCAGAUGUACAACUGUCUUUUCUUUUGUAGUAAUUGGUUACUUCAGAUUGGUUUUUGUUUUGACAUUCAGCUUUCCCCCCCCUCCCCCUUCUUGUUCUGGCCCCUGUCCCCUUUAUCUCACCUUUUUUUGGUGCUUUGGGGAAUUGUGAAUUUUUUAAAAUUUUUUUUUCCCCCCUUUCCUGUGUUUCUUCUCCUGGGAAAAUUCCAUAUCCCUGUAUUUUGGGGAAAGGGAGCAUCUGCCCUUUCAAACACUGGGGAGAUGCCUCUGGGGUGGGCUUGGGACCCUGUGGAUGAAGCAACCCAAGUGCUCUGUGUGCCAUCUGCUCUGCUGGCUUGGACGUGGGUCUUACCUGUCCUGCUUCAUCCCCUCUGCCACGAUGGGGGUGGAACAACAGCCCUGGGGGGAGCCCAGGCUUUAAGGUGGAUUUUUACUCCCAUCUGAAGUCCCUCUAGCCUUGUAUUCCUGAGAACAGUCUGUACCUGUUAAACCCAGCCAUUGUUUUCAAUAAAAUUUACCCUCAAAUCUG